AUGAUUUGCUUGCUAAGAUGGACUGCUUUCCUUUGGAUUAUAAAUUCCAUUCCUUGCAUUUUUGGAAAGGCAGUGAAUGAACGAACAGAUGGCUCAUGCCCCACUCUGAAUGUCGAGGAUCACAGGUUUUCUGACAUUUUAGAUCGUCCCCUGGAAAUCACAGGAUUUGAUCUCACAGAGAAGUUUCUUCUUCGAAAGGGAACAAUUACAGAAGAUCUGCCUUCAUUUCGUUUGGGAAGCAGUCCGCUCAUUAAGCCGACAAAAUCAGUAUUUCCAAACGGCUUUUCAAGUGAAUACUCCCUUGUCACCAUCUUCCGAGUAAGAAAAACUACAAAAAAAGACCGCUGGUAUCUUUGGCAGAUAUUCAACCCAUCAGGAGAUGCUCAGGUUUCUGUGGUGGUUGAUGGUAGCAAGAAGGUGGUGGAGUUUUCUUCCCAAGGCCUGCAAAAGAAUACUCUACGCUACACAUUUAAAAGUCGUGACCUACAUGCCCUCUUUGAUCGCCAGUGGCACAAGCUGAGCAUUUCUGUACAGAACAACAUAGUCUCCAUUUACAUGGACUGUAAGCUAAUAGAAAGAAGACUGACUGAUGAGAGACCCAGCGUUGACUCCAGUGGGCGAACACUCAUCACUACACGAAUGGAGGAUGGACGACCUGUAGAUAUUGAACUGAAACAAAUUAUAAUCUACUGUGACCCUUAUAUGGCCGAGAUGGAAAAUUGCUGUGAGAUUCUGGAGCCGCAGUGUGAAGCCAAGAAGACAUUUAAUGGGACUUCCCCUCCCCUGGUAACAGCCCAACUUCCCCAGAUGCUGUCUCAGCCAGCCCCAAAGUCAAUUGACAGAUGUCACUGUCCAGCUGAAAAGGGGGACACAGGGGAGCCCGGGAUUCAAGGAAAUCCAGGACAUAAGGGGGAACUUGGAUCAGAAGGGCAAAAGGGAAUCGAUGGGGAGAAGGCUGACAACGAAUGUCUUAAAGGAGAUCAGGGCCACCGGGGUGACAAAGGAGAGAAGGGAUUGGCUGGGGUCCCAGGUCAGCCAGGGGAACCAGGCAAAGAGGGCAAAAGGGGACGGAGAGGAAAGACUGGGGAGCCUGGACUCAGAGGCCUUCCUAAGGAGAGGGGUGAGCAUGGAGUCCCAGGAGUAAAAGGCGAUAAAGGAGACACUGGUCACCCAGGUGCCGAGGGGGCCACUGGGACGAAAGGACAAAAAGGCGACACAGGCCCACCUGGUCCUCCUGGUCCUGUGAUGACAGCUCAUGGAUUAAGACAGCUCCCUGCAACUGAUGAAAUGAAAGAGAAAGCCCAGAAGGGAGAAAAGGGGGAUGUGGGCGAGAAAGGAGCUCAAGGACUGCAAGGUUUCAAGGGGAAGCAAGGCCUGCCUGGACCCACUGGACUCACAGGCGAGCCAGGCUCGCCAGGGAAGCCAGGGGUGCCUGGGAGAGAUGGCCUGAAAGGAGAAAAGGGGGACUCUGGAGGACAGAUGGGGCUACCAGGACCUAAGGGUGAACCUGGAGAGCCUGGUGGUGGAUAUAUGGGUGAUGGGUUACCUCUAUCUAGAGGGUCUCGUGGGCCCAAGGGUGAGAGAGGUGUCCCGGGACUGCCAGGAGAUCAUGGUGAAAAAGGCGAACCUGGAGAGAGUUUAACAGGACUUCCUGGCCCCAUGGGACCCCCAGGAAAGCCGGGAAAUGAGGGUCUUCGUGGACCCCCAGGUUUAUCUGGCCCCACUGGAGCUCCAGGAAAGGAGGGCUCCCCUGGCAGGCCAGGCCCCCCAGGCCCUACUGGACCCCCAGGUGAACCAACUGCCCUGCCAAUUGUUGGAGACAUGGGCGCUUUACUUAAGAAUGCCUGCAGUGUGUGCCAGAUGAGAGUCCCAGGGCUGCCUGGGCAGAAAGGAGAGAAGGGAUCCCCCGGAGUGCAAGGAGUGGAAGGCAUGUUAGGAGAAAAGGGGGAUCCAGGUGUAAGAGGCCCUAUGGGUAACCCUGGGAAAGAAGGCCCAAAGGGAGUAAAAGGAGAGAGAGGGUUCCCAGGCCCUACAGGGGAUAAAGGUGAUGAGGGGCCUCAUGGAGUGCCAGGACUUCCAGGCGUGGCUGGUCGCACAGGGGCUCCAGGGCUUAUGGGUAGACCCGGUCCAAUGGGCCAGUCAGGAGCUAAAGGAGACAAUGGAAAUGAAGGGCCCCCAGGCAGACCAGGGCUUCCAGGGCCUCCGGGUGUACCCUAUGUGGAGGGCAAUGGGAUGAGCAGUCUGUACAAGCUCCAGAGUGGUGGAGCUAUUUUGGGACCCCCGGGAGCUCCUGGUGCUCCGGGCCCCAAAGGAGAUGAAGGACUUGCAGGGGAACCAGGGGCCAUGGGAUUACCCGGGCUUGAAGGACUUCCUGGUGCCAAGGGUGAUAUUGGUUGGCCUGGUCCACCUGGGAUACCAGGUCCUACCGGGAAGCCCGGCGCUCGUGGAGAGCCAGGGAUCCCAGGAGAGCCGGGUGAGAGGGGGCCGCUCGGAGAGACAGGAUUCCCGGGGCCCGAGGGACCGCAAGGUGUUCCUGGCAGACCUGGAAAAGAUGGAACUCCUGGAUACACGGGAGCUACAGGUAGACCAGGGGACAGAGGUUCCAAAGGAGAACGUGGUGACCCAGGUAUUCCUGGAGAAAGAGGUGUUCAAGGCGAGAGAGGACACGCGGGGGAUUCUGGCUCGCUUGGACAGAUCGGACCAAAAGGCCAAAAAGGUGAACCUGGCCUUCCAGGACAGUUAGGAAGCGCAAGUCUCCUGGAUGAUCACAGCUUCAUGGAAGAACUCAAAAUGUUUAUAAAAAAUGAAGUAUUGAGGAUCUUUGAAGAAAAGAUAUCAAACACUGCCAUGCUGCAGAAGACACCUGCAGGCAUCUUAGCUUCGCAAAUCCAUGGUCCUCCUGGACCUGCUGGCAAGGAUGGAUUACCAGGCACACCAGGAGAACCUGGACCUCCUGGUCCUCAAGGAUACAGAGGUCAGAAAGGAGAACGAGGCCAGCUUGGUCUGGGGUUACCAGGAGAUCCAGGACCCAUGGGGCCACCAGGACCUCCUGGGAUCACUUCUUCUCAGGGCCGCCCUGGCUCUCCGGGGCCCCGCGGACCUCCUGGGACAUGUGACCCCAGUGACUGUCUUCUUCCAUCCUUAUGA